AUGGGUUCAGAACAAUCAAUGCCACCCAAGAAACAGGCUCAGCGAGCCCCUCCCGUUCGUAGGGGAUAUACAGUGGCUGGCACGAGUUAUUCUGAUGGCAGGCGAGACACAAUAGCCAGUGGCAAUAAUUCACCUGGUGCGAGUAUGUGUUCAGACUCAGAACUGCCAUAUAUAUCUUAUACUGUGGAUAGGCCUAUUGGAGAUUCCCCAAAGCAUAUGUCAAGAGCUCAGAGAGAGAGCAAAAAGUCUAUGGCCCAUCGAAGACAAAUGAGUGUACAGGCGAGACGUACCCAGAGGCCUCGAGAUAUUGUUGUUGUAAAAGGGCCAAGUGACUCCCAACUUGAUGAGGAUAUACGAAGACUUCAGGAAAUUCCUACGUUUCUUCCAAUAAUGCGGGGAACAUUGGGGCUGCCGGGAGCAAGGGAUCCAGAAGUAUUAGAAGGUCUCGAUUAUAGGCCAUGGGCUAGGCUUAGCUCCCGCCUGCAAGCACACUUAGCAGCGUGUGCACAUCCGCUCGCUAACACACAAGCGGCGCUAACUGCUCAGAUAAAACAGACGGACAGCGAAGUGUCGCGGGUGUACGCGCAAGCGGUGGAGAGACAACGCAGCAACGCUCGUCACGCGGAGAGACUCGCCCGCCUUAGAGACCUCUCGCACCAACUGGCGCGAUGCAACUCUAUUCUCACUGGAACACUGCGAGAUGCCGAAGAGCUAAACCAAAUGUUGCCUGAAAGUAGACGUCUCGCGCCAUUUGUGUGGAAUCAAAAGCAGUGCGUCUAG